AUGUCGAACCAACCUGAAAAGCCAUUAGCUUUCCGCUACCAAUUCAUGGCAGGUGCCAUCGCUGGUAUUUCCGAAUUAACAGUAAUGUACCCACUAGACGUUGUGAAAACAAGAAUGCAAUUACAAAUAUCACCUCCAAUCAUGGCGGCCGCCGCCGCCGGCACUUCCUCCUCCUCGACAAUUCCUUUAUCAUCUUCCUCUAAAGCAGCUGCAUCCACCAUAUCAGAAAACUACACAGGUGUCAUUGAUUGUCUAAGCAAAAUUGUAAAAAAGGAAGGCUUUUCAAGAUUAUAUAAAGGUAUAUCAUCCCCCAUGUUAAUGGAAGCACCAAAGAGAGCCACCAAAUUCGCAUGUAAUGAUGAAUUUCAAAAACUUUACAAGAAUUUAUUCGGUGAAACAAAAUUGACUCAAAAGAUUUCCAUCCUAAGUGGUGCUUCUGCGGGGAUAAUAGAAUCUAUAGUCAUUGUACCAUUUGAAUUGGUUAAGAUUAAAUUACAAGACGUUAAUUGUAAAUUUAAUGGUCCAGUGGAUGUCCUUAAGGAUACAGUGAAGAAAAAUGGUAUUAAGGGUUUGUAUAAUGGGUUGGAAUCCACUAUAUGGAGGAAUGGGGUUUGGAACGCUGGUUAUUUUGGAAUUAUUUUCCAAGUAAGAGAAUUGUUACCCACCGCAAAAAAUAAGAACGAUAAAAAUAAGAAUGAUUUAAUUGCUGGGUUCAUAGGUGGGACUGUAGGUGUUAUGGUUAAUACCCCGUUUGAUGUCGUUAAAUCAAGAAUACAAAGUGACGCAAAUGAUAUGGUGAACGGUGUUAGGAAAUAUAAUUGGACGUGGCCAUCUGUUGUGAAGAUUUAUAAUCAAGAAGGAUUUAGAGCUUUGUAUAAAGGUUUCGUUCCAAAAGUUUUGAGAUUAGGUCCAGGUGGUGCAGUUCUUUUGGUGGUGUUUACAAAUGUUAUGAAUUUCUUUAGAGAACUACAGGCAUGA